UGCAAUGAGGAUGUUAAAAUGUUGGAAUACCAAAUCUAAUCUGCUUUUACAGAGACACCGUGUUGCAGUUAUAAUACUUAUUGUUAUUCUGAUAACAUUGUGGCAAGUCAAGACUUCCUGCUUCAAAAGUGAAUUGAACCCAAAAUAUUUAUAUAUGCAGCCAAGUGAAGAUGUGAUUCCAAUGCACAUGAAGAAAAAACUCAAAGCAUUUGAACAUUCUGAAAAUGUGACACUAGUUACAGCUUAUUUCCAAUUAGACACCUUUAGAAAGGGUGGAAAUAGUCACAUAAACCCCAAUGUAUAUAAAAAGUGGUGUUCUGUUUAUUCUCGGAUUCUCAAUCCAGUCGUUUUCUUCACAGACUCUCCAGAGAUUCUCUCAAUGUUUAAAAAACUGCGAUCACCAAGUUUAGAUAACUUAACAAAAUUGAUCCUGGUUAAUCGAACAGACUUGUGGGCAUUUAGUCUGAAACCCCAAAUUGCUAAAAUAUUCAGUCAAGCUGAUUAUCCAAAAUUCCAUCCAAACACUGUGAUACCUGACUAUUCUUGUGUGAUGCAUGCUAAAUAUGAGCUACUCAAAAAGUCUAUCCAACAGAAUUAUUUUCACACAAACUUUUUUAUGUGGAUUGACUUUGGAUAUUUUCGCUAUGAAGUAAACAAAACAAAAAAAUUUGGCUUAAGUCUUCCAAAAGGAUUUGACUUUAGAAGUGUGGCUUUCAGCUUAGAAUGUAAUUUUCAGAAAAUACCUUUGAAAGAAAUAAUAUGGAAAGACCUUGUUUGGGUUGCUGGUGGUGCAAACCUUGGACGUUAUGAUGUCUUAACAAGAUUCUGUGAUGACUACAUUAGUAGUGUUAAAAGGGCUUUGAACCAAAACUUGAUGAGUACUGAUCAACAAAUUAUAUAUGCUAUGAAUGUCUAUAGGAAUUGGUCAUCAGUGACUUUGCAGCUUUGCCAUGCAGGUUGGUUUUGCUUAGGAUAUUUAGCAAAAUAUUCAUGGGAACAACACCAAUAG